AUGGCAAAAAGAUUUCGUCAUAGUACACCAAUACUAGCUCGAAGAAGCUCAUCGAGAAUCAGUUCAAGAACAGUUUCCAGUCCAGGACGUGCUUCAAGUACACGGGGAGGAGAAGUUUCCAAAACACGUAUUUCUCAUGGUGGUGGUAAUAGUACAGCAACAAGAACAACACAAUCAACAACAAAGAAGAAAGGAACAAAUGUUGAGUUGCAUAUUAAUACGGACGAUGAAAUGGAUGCUGCUACUGAUGGCAUCCAGAAUUCAAGUCCACAACAACAGGAUAAAUAUGAGCAAAAAAUUUUAUUCAAUUCUAUGCCCAAAAAUCUGGUUGUGAAAGAUUAUGAGGAAUACAAAUCUGAUACAUAUUCAGACUCCAAUCCACGUAGUCAUCUUGAUUUUCAACACGGAAUGCAUCAAUAUUUACUUCCAUCUCAGCUGAAACAAAGAGAACGUCACCAAAGAAAACCAACAAUAAUAACACACCAAGUUAAACAAGAAUUUGAUGCAGCAGCCAUUCAGUGUAUCGUCGAUGAUGGCCUCGCCUUCGGAAUUUUUCAACGUUCUGGAAUGCAAGGAUUUCUUGCAACACUCGUGCCUGGUUAUCGUGGUCCAUCACGACAAACAGUUCCAUUAACAACUGAUUUAUGGGUAAAUUCUCGUCGAACACAUUUCUUGGCGAUUACAGCUCAUUAUUAUAAUGAACAUUUUCAGUAUUCAUCAGUCAUUAUUUCGUUUCGUCGUUUCCGUGGCCGGCAUUUAGUUGAACGUUUGGGAUCAUUUAUUAUUAAAGAAAUUGAUAAGUUAAACAUUCAAAUGGAAAUUGUAUCUGUUACAGUUGACAGUGGAAGUGAUAUUAAAACUGCUGUAUCAGUAUUUCAAUGUGGAACACGAUAUUCGUGUGACGGCCACAAUAUUAAUUUAACAAUAUCAACUGGUUUGGAUCUAUGGAAAAUUUCGAAAUCAAAAAGUACGAAAAAACCAGCUGCACCCACAACAGCAACCACGUCGGUAAAUGAUUUUAAUGAAGAAUUGGAUGAAAUACGUAUUGCUGACAAUGAUCAAGUGUCAGAUGAAUGUAUUGAAGAUAGCAGUGAUGGUUCGGAAGCCGAUGAGGAUGUUCCAGCGACUCAAGAACAAUCAACAGCCGACGAAGAUGAAAGUGAUACUUUGUCGAUCAUCAGCAGUAGCACUGACGAAGAAGAAAGUUUAACACCAUCACAACAAGAACGUCAAGUACAAGAAAAAAAAAUUUAUUGCUUAUUGAAAAGAACACGUACAUUAAUAUCAACGAUUCAUAAAUCAAGUAUUUUAACUUCGUUUGUUCGUGACGAAAUACAACGAAAACAAAUUGAUUUAGACACAGCUGCUGAUUCCAGUAAUGAUGAAAAGGUCAAGGUGAAUGAACUCGUGAGAGAUUUUCAUAUAAUAAAUGACAUAACAUAUACACCACAACCACGUACUGGUUUAACAGCUAAACAAAUUAAGAAAUUAAAAUCAUUGGCUAAUAAUCAUCUCGAUUGGGAAUUAUUACAAUCACUAGCCACUGUUCUUGCUCCAUUUUAUUUGGCUACUCGUUGCUUAUCCGGUCGUCAAUAUCCAACAUUAGCUUUAUCAUAUUGGGUUACACAAAACUUACACCUAUUUUUAUCAACGGAAACACCUGAUGCUCCAUUAGAAAAUGCAUUCCUACAUUUAUUGUUAAAUAAAUUUAGAUUUUAUUUUGAAUCAAAAGUAACAUUCAAACAAAAACAUGGUAAACUGAUAUACUCCAAAGCACGUGGGACGGAUACCAAUAAAAGUUACAGACAUCUUAGCUCCACAGUGUUAGACGAUAGAGAAGGAUAG